AUGAAAAACGCAAAUAGAAAUGUACGUUCACUUACGUGCAACAAGAAUAUAGAAGAACAAAAGAAAAAAUGGCUAAGCACAAUUAAGGGAGACGACACGAUCCACUUCAAAAAAGGGGUAGACAGCAAAAACUUGAAAAAUACAGCUCUGGCGUUUUUUAAAGAAAAAAAUAUCUACAAUGAGGAAAAUGUUAUCAUCUUAAAUACCUUUUGUAAAGAAAAACUGGACGACCAUCUCGUAAAUGAAGAAAUAGUAGAAUUUUUGCAGAAAGCGUUUUUCCUGUAUGAAUAUUUUAUUAAAGAAAAAAAAAACAGCAAAAUUAGCAAAAAGGAAUUCAUUGAAAAUGUAUGCGACUGUUGUAGAAGAAUAUUUUUAAAAAAUAUUAUAAAAAAUGAAAAAGAAAUUUUAGAUUUUCUGCUAAAAAAUUUAAUCAACUUUAUUAACCAACGUUCCUUCUUCGGCAUAUAUCAAUCACUAUACAACAUAUCCCAAUAUCAAAAUAAAAGCUUCAGAAGGGCGAGCGAAUAUGCAGACGGAAAAUUCCAGUUGCUGCUUAACGUUGUGAGGAGGGAAGUAAAUGGGGGAAUUUUACUCGUCAAUGAUAAUAGGUUCAAUUUGGAUGCACUCUUUCUGCCAGAUGAGAAUGACGAGAAAGAGAUGAGGGAGUACUUUGCCAGCGUAGUGGCCAUGAAGGGAAGCAACAAGGAGGGAGAAGCGGUCACGAAGGGAAGCGGCAAGGAGGGAGGGACCGUUACGAAGAGAGGCGGAAAGGAGAGAAAAAAGGGCACUAUACUAAAAAGCAUAGAUGGUCGUGAUGGCGAUGAUCAAGCGGGAGACACAUGCGCAGCGGGCGUGAUCGAACAAAUGGAGUGCCUAGACAAGGAGCUGAGUUGCUUCUACCUGUUCCUGUAUUUCCAAUCCUGCUUUGAAAGCAUCAAUUUUUACUUAAUAGAAAAAUUUAUCGAAAAUUAUUACAUUAGCCACGGGAAGGAGAACAUUUACAAGGAGCUAUUUCUGUUUUUGUUUUUAAUUUACAAGGAUAAGAUGCACAGCGUUGUGGAUGGCAUUUUGGUUAAUACGAUAAAUUAUUUAAGCAAGGCAAAUGAUACAGAAGUGAGAAAAAAAAAAAAACUCUUAAAUGAGGAGGUGGAGCUGGUAGACAAAAAAGUACACCUUACAGAUUACUUGUUCUAUUUCGAAUUGCUUAUAAGUAUUAUCACCUUCAAAAAUUUGCAGUAUAAAAAUAAUUACGAAUACUAUAUACACAUGCUAAAGUUACUUAAUGAAAAUGGCCAAUUACAAGAAUUAUUCUCAUCGUCGCUGUUUUUCGUUUUUAUUAGUGCCGAAGAGGGCACUGUCAGAAAUAUGCUGCUAGCCAAUUUUUCAAAAUACCAUUCAAGAAAACAUCAACAUUUAUCGAAAUUUUUUAUUCAUUUGAAGAAUGUGUUUCGUUUCAUAUACGAUAUGGAUAGUGACCACUUAGUCUACAACCAGGCUACAUUUAACGAUGCACCUAUUGCCCCUUUUUUACACCACACAGAAAAUGCGGAGGAAGACAAUGAAGGACAUUACAGCAGUGGCGUAAAAAUGAAACAGGAAUAUCUUCCAUUUGUGGCAAAUAAUAUACACAUAGACAAGUAUACGUGUGCCUUUUUUAAAGAAGCUUACUAUAUCAUUAGCAAGAGCAACACAGACUACUUCUGUCAAGUGACAAAUUUGUAUCUACACAUUUAUGAUCACAUUUUCAAUAAGCUAAUAAAAAUCAUUUAUGAAAAUGAAAUGAAUUUGAAUGACGAAUUUUUUCAGAUCUGUGAAAAUAUCCUCAGACCUUUUUUAUUCAUUUACGUUGAAUUAUUUGAUAAUUUUUUGGAAAAAUUUAAAGAAAAAAUAUUCAACGAACGGUUGAUGCUGUCCUUUGCUUUUAUUAAAAAAUAUCUUUUUAAAAGUCUCUAUGAGAAGGCUUUCCAGCAGAAGGAUCUUUUCUACGUCAUUUAUCAAUUUUAUUUUUUGCUCUACGCUCUCAAGUACAACUUUAGAAACUUUUUAACUGCUCUCGUUAUGACCAAGAGGAAGGUAACGCACCAACUGGAAUUAUUCCUCAAACUCAAACUUCAGAAUUGCACAAAUGUGAUCAGCAAAUCAGUACGUAGUGAUGGAGAGGGAAACGCUUUAGACGACGAGCCGCAAGAGGAUGGCGAGCACAAUAGUAGUAGCAGCAGCGAUGGGGAAAACGCUGACGACUCCACCAGCCGACAGGGGACAAAAAAGAAAAAUUACGAACAGGGUGACACAAAGGAGAAGCGUAAUAGCCAAAAAAAAAGACACCCAUCAGGAGACCACCCAGAGAGUGAACAGUCGGGAAACGAUUCGUCAGAAAAAACUAAUGACAAUUCGCUCCAAAUCGUGACAAACAAUUUGGAAAAUCCGCACAGCAAUGAGGAGAAGGAAAAAAAUAACAUAAUAAAUUUUUUCCAGAAAAAUUAUUGGACACUGAAAUAUUUCGAGGCAAACGCGGAAAAGAAACUGGAGGAGUUCUGCUCCCCUGAUUUUAGCUUACCUUUGGUCAUGAAGGAGACGCCCAAAUUGAAGAAGCACAGUGUUGGUAGCAACCAGAGCGAUAAGAAAGAGAUGAGCGCUGGUGAUGGAGGCAGUGCAGACGUGCGAGAAGGGAUAGACACCAAGGGGUACGAUUCCACAAAGGACCAAGACGAAAAAGGGAAAUUCGUAAAAAAGCUAAAUUCAUUCUUCGCCAAAAAAAGAGAAAUAGAUAAACUCAUCAAUGAGCUCUUUCUGAACAAUAAGGACAACGUGUACAGCAAAAUUUUAAAAACCAAUUUGGCUAUAAUAAAACAGCUAGCUAACACCAGCUUGGAGGUACUUUAUCCCAUUUUUAACGCCAGUCUGGUGUUCCUGUUUGACGACUUUUAUUUUUUCAUCAUACAGAAUAUAAAGUUAGUCAUUGAGGGAAAGGAAAAAAAACUCUCCAAUCAUAAAAUUUUUCUGAAUAUGUCCUUCAUUUUGCUGCACACCUUCGCGAAGGAUGUGAAGGUGGAGAAAUACCUCGUGUCCAUUUUUUACAUUUUAAGAUUAUCACUAAAUAAGAUGAAGAAAAUUAAAAUAAUCGAUCAACAAAAAAUGCAGGGUAAUAAUGUCAACGAAGUAUAUAAUAAAAAUACGAAGAAAUUUGAAAAUGAUAUAAAAUAUUAUAACCUUAGGAAGGAUAAGGAUGUCGUAAAGGCGAACACAUCAGAGGUGGAGGAAGAAAAUGAGAACGCGACGAAUUUGCAACUCUCCACUGAUGAAAGAGCCACUGCUACCCUCCACAAGAUUGAAGAAAAGGUAAAAUUGUAUCAGAACAUUUUUUAUGUUUUUUUAAAAUUGCUUCAAAACAUUUUGAAGGAGAAUAACUUGUACUACAAUUUCAAAUUCAUCAUUUAUGAUAUUUUAUUUUGCGAGUUUUCCAACAAAGAAAUUAUCUUCUCGUGCAUGAAGUGCAUCCUGGACAGGGCCAAGCUACAGGAGGUUUACGCCUACAGCUUGGCGAUUCUCACCGGGGCGGACGCAGAUAACGAGGCCGAUAACGUAACUGAAAAGGAAGGCGAUAAGGAGGCGGCCUGCCCAAACGACAGCCACCUGUCGCGCAUCCUGUCCAAGGGGACAUCCUCCAAAGUGAGCUUCUUCGACCCCAGCCACGCGAGCAGCCGAAAGGUGUCCUCGCUCUACAUCAAUGUGAUCAUACUGUAUUUUAUCUUUACCCAGAAGAACAAGAACAAUGCAAAGAGCAAACUAUACGACAGUUGCCUGAAAAUGAAUGUGGAGGACUACUACAGCGUUGCCAACAAGCUACUUUCCCUUUUGUACUCGAAGGAGAUGCAAAAUGCUUACUACGAGAGAUAUUUGAAAUAUCUGUGCUUGAAAAUUUUAAAAAAAAUUUAUUGUCUCUUUUGUAUAAAAGAGGCAGACAUGUACCUAAUGCACUUGAAGCGGAAUAGCACAGAGGAUACAAUUUUUGAACAUAAAAAACUGAAAAAUGUUAACCGCUUUAAAGAGGAGCUAAUUGAUUUAUUUAAAUUUUUAUUAAAUUGCGAAAUUAAGAAUUAUAUUGACAAAAAAAGUGGACAUAAAACAUCCUCAGAGGAGUACAAAUUUUUCUUUUUAAAAAAUCUUACCUGUAACGAUCAUGUGUUGAAAAGUGAUAACCUGUGCUUCCUGAUCAGCUGUUUACUUUUUCUCUUCAACCUAAAGUACGACAAGGCCAUUUUCUACAAAAUUGUAUACAUCAUUUUAGUAGAAAAAAAUGAAAACAAAAAUUAUAUUUUAAAAAAAGUCAUCUCAUCUGUUAAGAAAUUCAUCAAACUUGCAGAUACAUAUAAUUGUGUGCAUAAGGAAAAUAAAAAAAGGAAAAUAAGAUUACCAGCUGAUAUAACAAACCAUUCUGUCCUCUUGUAUACAGUCCGAACGAGCAUUAUUCUGCUUCUUCUAAUGGAUAGUAAUAGUAUUAACAAACCAGCACUUGUACAAGAAAAUUAUAUUACAUACCCUAACUUUCGUAGUUACUAUAUAAAAAAAAAAAACAUUAAAAACUACUACACACAGUUAAACUUAUUGCUCUUUAGAAUUUUCUACAGUGAAAAAAUAUUACCAUACUUCUUCAAAAUAUUUUUUACUACAUUAUACGUUAUUUCUUUUAAAAAGUUGAACCAAAAUAAUUUUUACUUUUUCGAAAAAAUGUUUAACCUAAAGGAUGACACGGAGGUUGGUCCAACGGGUGGCGCGCCAAAAGAGGGAGACCGCGCAGCGGCAGGGGAAAACGUACUAAAGGGAAGCUCAGAUAAGUCCAUGCAGCUGCUGGAUGAGGGUAGCAUUCACCUAAGUGAAAAGUCAAAGGGGUUAUCGUCCAAUCAGACAAACGGUGAAAAUGACCAAUCUGGCAAAAAAGACAAGAAGGGGGGGAAAAAAAGAAAUGAGGACAGUAGGAUAAAACCAUUGAAGCGCAGUGCAGGGGUGAAGAGAAAACACCUCAAGGAGGAAAAAAACUCGGACAAAGUUUCCGAUGAACAUUCGGAGGAAGACCCACAAGGGAGAAGCACCGCUUCCGAAGAAAUGAAUAAAAAUUACCGUGCAAUUUUGCGAAGCCGUAAUGGAAAAAGUACCACGUUGAAGAAUAAGCAGGACGAAAAGACAAACCAUGUGGAUAAAAAGUACAUCAGAAUUGAAGACAGCUCCAGUAGCGACUCAACGUCCGACUCAGAUGUGUCGUUCAAAAUAGGAACAAAAAAGAAGAACACUCGAAAAAAUAUCGACACGAAUAAUAGUGCUCCCAGUGGGAAAAAAAGAAAGGUCCCCUCCAACAGCUCGGAAAAUGCAACAAGUGAAGGGAAGAAACGGACACAAAAAGAGACAUCCCCUCAGGAGAAGAUACAAAAACAGUUAUUUAACAAACGGGAAGAAGUUAAAACAGACAUGUUGGACGACACAGGUGCAUUGAACGUGGUAGAAGGACAGGCCGAGGGAGACACAGGAGCAAGUCCAGGAGUGGGUGCACCAACCGGUGCUGCAACGGGGGAUGGAAGUGACUCCACGGAAAACUUUCUAUUCAACGGAUCGCUGUCCUUGAAAAUUUUAAACCAUUUCAUAUUUAUCUGCAAAGGGUUUCAUGAGGAUUUGGAGAUAAAAAUGUACAACGGUGUAAUAGCAUGUUUGAAGGAAAACGAAAACGACAAGGAAAAAUUGAAAAAUAUUUUAAGUCUUCAGUUCAGUGAAGACGAAAAAAACUCCGCAAAGUAUAAGAAGAAAUUACAAUUGUUGAGAAUUAUUCAAACGAAAAUUAUCUUCCUCAGUUAUAUAAAAGAGAAUUUAAAAAAGAGGAAAUCGCUCAUAUCACGAAUGAGUGAAUUGAACUUGAAUAUUUUUAAAAACAAACCCAUGUUUAACAUUGAGUUAGAUUUCGUCUGA